CCUGUUGCCUGGAAUUCUGACCAUGGCGGCCGCAGGCUGCAGUGACGGCAACGCACGGCUGCCGUUGUCUCUCGACGCAGCCAAGAUCACGUCGCUCCCGGCUACUGCCUACUAUCUGCCUAAUUUCAUCAGCGAGGAGGAGGAGCGCAUGAUUCUCGAUAAAAUAGCUACUGCUCCCCGGCCGCGAUGGAAGCAGCUCACGCAUCGACGCCUACAGACUUGGCCAUCGGAUCUCGUCCAAGACAGGCUACUGGACGCACCGCUGCCUCCCUGGCUCGAGACGCCCGUGGUGUCGCGGCUGCUGUCCCUCCCGCUCUCCGACGACCACGACGGCGAUGCUGUGAGACACAUCUUCGCCGAUAGCCCCCAUCAGCGCCCGAACCACGUCCUCAUCAACGAAUAUCCUCCCGGCAUUGGCAUUAUGCCGCAUAAGGAUGGCGCUGCGUAUUGGCCCGUCGUGUGCACCGUCAGCCUGGGCGCCAGCAUCUGUCUCAACCUGUACCGCAACAAAGAGGACGGCGCCCUUGACCCCGAUCCUGCUUGGCGAAUCAUCCAGGAACCUCGUAGUCUUCUCAUCACUACAGCGACUCUAUACACGGACUAUCUGCAUGGAAUCUCCGACAUCAAGCAAGAUUUAGACCUAUCCGCCGAUACGAUUGUAAAUUGGCCGUUGCUUCGAGACCCCGAGGCGUUUGCCAGCGGCCAAAGCGUGAGACAAACCCGCACUAGUCUCACGUACCGAGAUGUCCUCAAAGUUUCCAAGGUUGGAAACAGGUUGGGUCUGUUCAACAAGCGAUAAAGGCUCGUUCAGAGCUUCAGGAGCAACGUAGUCUAGAAUACAAACGGAAUAAUGGCCCAUUUCCCAACCAGCUUGUCUGCACCAAACUUUUCGGCAUACCAUUUUUUCGUGCCAUGUGCCGUUAAACUGAGAUUCGUCACGACGAACAACAAGACGUACAAGACGGAUCUGUUAAAGAAGGCUCCUGGGGGCGCCGCAGCGAUGGCAAGGCCCACGUAAACCAGGCAUUCGAACGUGUAGUGGGGGCAAACGAGGUACUGGAACCAGCCCUCACUUGGAAGCGUGUAUUUCUUGAGGCCCGCCAGAUACCUGUGGCAGUUGUUUUGCUGAGCACCGGCAAAGCCAAAGAUUGCGGCCCCGAUGAUGAUUUGCGGUGUAAACUCAAUUGGCUGUGGCGACUCCCACGAUUUGAGGAUUGCCCCUGAUCCCCGUAUCCAGACGCUGAUGCCCACGACUGUGUAAUAGACCACUGCAAGAGCCCAGUGAAAGGCUGACAUGGGAGACGAUCCGGGUUUUGCGACAAAGAGACACUCAAACAGUCUCCUCGCUCCUUGGGAGCUCAUCAGAAGCCAAGUCACCAGCGUGGCACUCAGGGCGACCUCCGGAGAUUGAUCCUCCACUGCAGACCGAUGCUGUAUCUCAGCCAUGGCCCGCAUAAUCGAGCCCUUGGAUAUGUAUUGCCAGCCCCAGAAGAUUGACCAUGACACAGAUACUAUGUAGAAGUGUACGAACCACGAGUGAGGCACCUGGGCAUAGCUUGUCAGGACCAGGAGAGAAUCUGCCUUUGCCUCGGCCUUGUGCCCAGGAGCUUGGCUAUUUGGUCCAUGCUGGGUAUGUGCCGGCCUCCUGGCGCCGUACGCGAACAAGGCCUUGCGCGCAUUUUCCGGGAGAACUUGCAUCGAGAACAGUAUCACGGAGCUGACCACGCAGAAAGCUUGGCACCAUUCUGCCGGCGUCGUGCUGGCCAUCUUGGUCGCUUUAUCGCUACUUUGCCAAGUAUAGAAGUCAAUGUUUAGCUGCUGGAUUUGACCAGAAGAUGUAGACAAGAGAUGCCCAGUGGGAACGGAGAAGCAGAGAGAUGAGGCUUCAGCUUCCAGUCUCGCGGAUGCACGGGGCUGCGCGUUGAGCAAUCCAGG